GGCCCGGCCCAUCAAAGAAUACACGUGGCCUGGCCCAUCGGCUCUCCUCCUAGUCCUAAAAUCCUCCUCCUCCGACCCGUCCUCGCACCGCCGCCGCCUGCGCCUGCUCCGUCCCCGGCCUACCCGCCGCGCGGCACGUGCUCUCUCGUCGCCACAGCAGAGAAACCGGUGACCAUGGUGAUCCCUCCACCAGAAAGGGCAGCUAGAGUCACCCGUUUUCUGAAGCCCUACCUGUUGAGGAUGCAUUUCACAAACAAAUAUGUAUCCGCUCAGGUCGUCCAUACCCCGACAGCGACGGUUGCAUGUUCAGCAAGCCCGCAGGAGAAGCUGCUGAGACCAGACAUGGAGUCGACCCGUGAUGUUGCAGCUGUUGCGAAGAUUGGGAAGUUGCUCAGCGAGCGCCUGCUGCUCAAGGGAAUACCUGCAGUGUCCAUCCACAUGAAGAGAGAACAGAAGUACCAUGGGAAAGUCAAGGCUGUUAUAGACUCUGUCAGGGAAGCUGGAGAUACAUUGUUGUGAUUACGAAGUUGAAAACUUUGAACUUAGUUAGCAUUUGUGCGACAAUUGUGCUGUACUUCUGAAGUUUGCGCCAGUGUAGCAAUGGCAAGAACUUCACUGUUUCUAAACUCCAGGCUAAAUGACAUUUUCCAGGUCAAUAAAAGGACUCUGAAUUGAUGAA